UCACUUGAAUGAAUCAUUGAUUGGAAACUUUAAUUGUCUGGUUGACAUUUGUUGAAGAUUUUUGUUAAUUAGUUUCAUCUUUAAUUAUGGCAAUUACAUUAUAUAACCUAUUUGAAUCAAUUCUAUUAAUAGUCAAUGGAAUUGCAAUUCUCCAUGAGGAAAGAUUUCUCAAAAAAAUUGGAUGUGGUCGAGAUCAGAAUAAUAUCAAUUUUAAUCAACCUUAUGGAAUUCCACCACCUCAACCUGGUGUAAAAGCCAACGUUUUAAAUUUGAUUCACUCAAUAAGAACUGUAAUGAGAGUGCCUUUGAUUUUCUUCAAUGUUGUAACAAUUGUAUUUAAGCUUCUCAUUGGUUAAGGAAAAGAAGAGGUUUAAAUGGUGUUACUAUUGUCAAAUCGAAUGGAAUAAAUAUUCAUAUUUUUACAUA